UGCCUAAACUCUUCCUGUAUCUCUUUGGCACUCGGUGGAUUCCCUGCCUGGAUUCCAGUGGGACGGGAAAGGACAGGACAAGAUAGAACGGGAGGGGCUUGCCUGGGGGAGACCUGCGCAGGGUUCAGGUUAAAGAAAGAAGACCCCCGUGUCUCUGUAGCUCAGAGCAGGCAUGGUGAACCAUGGACACUGACAGAGAGUGAUCUGGCCCUGAGAACAACAGCCUACACUGAUUUUAGCAAGAUGUUUGCCACUGAUCCUCAGGAAAGUCCGGCCACUUUUAGAGCCAUGACAAGAGCUGUGCCUAAAGAAGGAGAGCCCAAUGGGGCCAUUGCAGGUCCUGAAGAGACAAAAGUGGAGGAAAUGGAAGAGAGAGGCCAGUGGCAUAGCAAAGUGGAGUUUGUGCUGUCUGUGGCGGGGGAGAUCAUUGGUCUGGGUAAUGUGUGGAGGUUCCCAUACCUCUGCUACAAGAAUGGUGGUGGAGCCUUCCUCAUCCCUUACCUCAUCUUCCUCUUCACCUGUGGGAUCCCCCUGUUCUUCCUGGAGACAGCGCUGGGGCAGUACACGAGCCAGGGAGGGGUCACUGCCUGGAGGAAGAUCUGUCCCAUCUUUGAAGGAAUUGGAUAUGCCACACAAAUCAUUGAGUGGUAUCUGAAUAUUUACUACAUUGUCAUCUUGUCCUGGGCACUCUUCUACCUGUUCAGCUCCUUCAAUUCAGUGCUACCAUGGGCUAACUGCAAUAACCCCUGGAACUCAGAUCUCUGUGUGGACAUUCUGAAUAGAUCCAGCCUGGACAACAGGACCUUGCCUGCGAACGCCACCUCCUCAAUGAUUGAGUUUUGGGAGAAGCGAGUCCUGGGGCUCACGGAUGGUAUUCACAAACUGGGCACUGUGCGCUGGGAGCUGGCUCUGUGUCUCCUGCUGGCGUGGAUCAUCUGCUACUUCUGCAUCUGGAAAGGGGUCAAGUCCACAGGAAAAGUCGUUUACUUCACUGCCACCUUCCCAUAUGUGAUGCUCAUCAUCCUGCUGGUGCGAGGAGUCAUGCUGCCGGGUGCUGCCGAGGGGAUCAUCUUCUACCUGAAGCCAGACAUUUCUAGGCUGGCAGACCCGCAGGUCUGGAUGGAUGCAGGCACUCAAAUCCUCUUCUCUUAUGCCAUCUGCCAGGGAUGCCUGACAGCUCUGGGCAGCUACAACAAAUACACCAACAACUGUUACAGGGACUGCAUCAUGCUCUGCUUCCUGAACAGUGCCACCAGCUUUGUUGCUGGCUUUGCCAUUUUCUCAGUGCUGGGCUUCAUGGCUCGAAAGCAGGGCAUACCCAUUGCAGAAGUGGCUGAAUCAGGUCCUGGCCUGGCUUUCAUAGCCUAUCCAACAGCGGUAACAAUGAUGCCCGUGUCUCAGCUCUGGUCCUGCCUCUUCUUCCUCAUGCUGAUCUUCUUGGGACUGGACAGCCAGUUUGUCUGUGUGGAAAGCAUGGUGACAGCUAUUAUUGACAUGUUCCCAGGAGUGUUUCGGAAGAAGGGGCGUCGGGAGCUGCUGAUCCUGGCCAUUGCAGUCAUAUGCUACCUGCUGGGCUUACUGCUAGUCACUGAGUGUGGCUUCCAGAAGCAGCAGCCUCCUUUUGCCAGGAUGCUGCCUGUCGGGUUUGCCCUGACUCCAUUGGUUGGAGGGAACAACAGUGAUCUGACCUCUGACUUUGUCUCUGUGAUGGUUGGUGGCCAAGGUGCUGACCGCUUCUACGACAACGUUGAGGACAUGAUUGGUUUCCGGCCGUGGCCCCUGAUCAAGAUCUGCUGGCUGGUGUUCACCCCGGGUCUGUGCUUGGGUGUCUUCCUGUUUUCCCUGAUCAAGUACACACCCUUGAAAUACAACAAUUCCUAUGAGUACCCAGCCUGGGGCUACGUGCUGGGCUGGCUGAUGGCACUCUCCUCCAUGGUCUGUAUUCCUCUCUACGCCAUCUUCAUCCUCCUGAAGACCAAAGGACCGCUGAAGCAGCGGCUGAUGCAGCUGAUUUCCCCGGCGGAGGAUCUGCCGCAGCCGAAGAAGCACGUGGCGGGGCUGUCCGAACCGAGGCGCCAGGGAUGGUCUUCUCCGAUCCAGGAGGUGCUCAGCAUCACAGAGAGAGAAACCCACUUCUAAGGCAGACUGAUUUGCUCUCUCCUUCCCAAAGUGGUUUGUUUUCUCUCCCGGGCACUUCCCUUCUCUCCUUCACGCCUGAGACAGAAGCAUCUGGGACACCCUCUCCUUCCAGCCAGCUGGUUGCACCCACUGGGGACAGUAUUUCUUUUGACACCUUGGGGACAACUCACCCUGCCAGUAGCUGGGAAGACUGCAACAUGCUUUUGUUAGAAGUGUCCUUCAGUACUGACAUUGGUUUGGAAGAGAAAAACAACACAGUAACCAAAAAAAAAAAAAAAAAAAAGAAAAGAAAAGGUGCAAAAGGUGCAUUCAUGUUGAGAGGAGGAAAAGAAACCACAGUGGUGAGAGAGAGAAGGGAGUAAAGGUGUGAAGGAGCCAAGUGAGGGAUGCAACAGCACAAAAUGAUGGGGUGUUAGUGCAGGAAAUAAGUAAGCUGGUUCAGAAGUACAUAAGAAGCUGGAGGAUAACAAAGGAAAAUACACUGCUAGGUCACCUAUGUAUGAGGAAGAGAGGAACAUAUCAUAGCCAAUGACAAAAAGGAGGAUGCAGUGUUAGUAGUACAGCUUUAGCUUGUCACUGAAAGGGAAGAGAGUGACAGGGUGCUUGAUGCAAUCAUAGUUGUUCAUGAUGGAUCUCAAGGCAGUCUCAGGCUGGAAAGUGGGUGAGGAAUAACUACCUAGAGGACUUGCUCUUGGUCAAAACUACACGGCCCAGUAAAAACGCAUCCGAGAGUGAAACCGAUGAAUAUUUGACAAUUCUUUCAGAAAAUUCAUGGAGUGUAAGAAAAGUCUCAGAGCAGCUGGUAAAAAAAACAAAAGGGGGGAAAAAAGAGCUGCAUCACAGCUGGGAGAAAUGAGACCCUGGGGACUGCACGCUCACAAAUUUAACUGCACUGCUGGGGCGUUUUGUAGAGGAAUUAAUGAAAGAGCUGAUGGGCCUGGGUCAGUGCUGCAGAGUAGUUUUGGGGCGAGGGUGGGAGAAUGAUUGCACUCCCUUGGCUUUGCUGCAGGUGACUGCUCAGGGGAUAAGGAAGGCAUAAUCGGGCGCAAUAAUCAUCAGCUCAGGCAAGAUAAAGCAUAAUUAAUAGGUAAGAUGGGCUCAUUGGAAGCAGAUUGUGUCGAAUUAAAGGCUUGUCGUUGCCAGGGUAGUCAGAAAUGUGAGAUGAUGGCUGGGAGGAAUUGUGCUUGGAUGCAGGGUUUGGUGCGGUGCCAGAUGACUCUGUCCUGUGGAGGCUGGAGCUGUAAAACUCCCUGUCAAAUCCUGCUUGAAUGCCUAUCAGAAUUUCACAGCCAAAACCACAAGAAAGGCCAGUGGCAGGUUCCCCCCAAGGGCUUUGCUGUGGUCGAAGGUACACGCUCUGGUGCAUGGCUGUGUUGCAAUAUUGGUGCAUCCAACCACGCCAAAGAAUGGCCAUCAAAAUGAAUCACAGAUGCCACAGGCUCCUUUCCCUUGUUCCAAGUAAUUGCUUUUCCCUGUGCUGUGUGGAGAUAAGCUACCAGCACUGAAAGUAAGCAGGGAAAUCGGGCCUCAUCUGUGCAAUUCGGUACCUAUUCCAAUUGCUAUGGGAACCUUAUCUUUUGCAGUUUCCUGUGAGUUUAACUGGAGAAUUAGCAUAGGGCAAUCUUUUCACCAUUUAAUUUCCUUUCCUUUAAAAACUACAAACUGUUGGUGAAAUGAACACUGAAAGUCAAGUAUCAGAAUUUGUACCUCUCUGGGACAUUAUCACUUGAUUGGAGAUGUUUUACUGCGGAAGGAUGAGAGAGCUGGCAAAUCUCAUUCACGUUCCCUACAAAGGGCUGCAGCACCACAUAAGACACCAUUUAUUUUAUUUUUAUUUUUUAAAGAGCUGAAUGUCACAUUUGCAACAGUAAUUGCAGGAAGAGCUUAGCAUCUAGAGGCUUGCAGUCAGGCCUCAAGGUAAGUAGUUUGGUGUUUUUUGCUCCCCCUUCCAGCAAUGUUGCUCACGAUUUGGUGUGGAGAGAAGUGAAGAUGGGUUUACUCCUUUUCUGAGGCACUUGGACAAAACUGUAAAAAUCCUACAUAGAGAUAAAUCGGUUUUCAGUUUUGAACACAAAUGUGGGGCUGUGUUAUUGAAAAUAAAUACUGCAUGAACUGGU